AUGGAUCAAAACCAAAGAGAACAACGCCGCAUACACGUCUUGAACGUUUGUCAGGCCUUUAUGCUUUUUAAGUACGGUCAUCUCAAUGGAAUGCCAGAAGCGACAAAGGAUGAGAUAAUUCGUCACGUUGAUGGACACAUCCGGGAUAUAAUCAACGAGACUUUCAAUUCAAACAGCGAUCUUGACGGUAUCAUGUCUGUUUUCAUUCGCCAUGCCAACCAGGUCAUCGAUCGUCUUAACAAUGACCACGACGAAAACAGAUAUGAUGCUGUUUAA